AUGUCGAAGCAGUACCUCACCACCCAUACGGUGGACAAUGCCCACACCACCGACAUCUUCUCCCUAGCGGCAACUCCAAACGUGCUCUUCUCUGCCAGCGGUUCCUCUACGAUCAAUGUUCAUCGAAUCAAUGACGCCUCAGGAACCUUCUCCAUCUCCCAAUCUCUAUCGGCACACAAGCUCGGCUGCCACCAUGUCGCAACUGCUCCCCGCGGCUCAAACGGCACCGUAGCCGCGUCUGUCGGCUUCGGUGGUGACAUAAAAGUAUGGCGGUCGAACCCGGACAGCGGCGACUUCUCGCUCGACUAUGAUAUUACUCCAUCCGAGGCCAAGACCAAAGGUGUGGCCGACACCUGGGCAGUGGCACUCAGCUGUGACGAGAAUUACUUGGCCUGCACAACCCAUGAUGGAAGAAUACACGUGUGGGACCUGCAGUCAAAGAGCGUCGUGCAGACUUACGAGACGGGAGGCAGUGGGAACGGUAGUUUUGGCCUGUCCGUGGCGUUGAGCUCCGACGGGCGCUUGACAGCGAGUGGGCACCAGAACGGGUCGGUCUACGUGUUCAACAACGACGCAGGACAUCUCAAGUACUCGCUGUCUGGUCUUGCAAAACCUGUGAGAGCAGUCGCAUUCUCACCAGGAAAUACUCGCCUCGCGGCGGCUGGCGACGCAGGCAUUAUCGCCAUCUACGAUGUCACGACCGGAGAGCAUGUGGGCAUCUUGAACAGCGGCGGCACAUCCUCGGCAUGGAUUACCUCCCUGGACUGGUCGGAUACGGGUGAGUAUCUGCUCUCUGGAUCCACAGAUGGCAAGGUCAAGGUGUGGUCGAUAGAUCGGGGUGCCUGUGUCGCGACACACAGCGAGACGGAUAAGAUUCUUUGGAGCGUGCGAUGGUUGCCAAAGGCGGCGGCGCAUCGUGGGGAGAUGUUCUGCACGGCUGGUGCGAACCGGAGCCUGACGUUCUACCGCGAGGGUGGAAAAGUUUGA